AUCCCACUGUGAAAACAAGAGGGAGUAAGGACUAAGUCCUGAGGAAAGUAAAAGAUUGGGGAGAAAUUGAAGAGCUUGUAGGCCAGGGCUGGUCGGCCGUUCGGCACUUCUCAGGCUAUUGAUCCGCUUCUCCUGACUGGUGGUAGACUACUAUGCUCAGGCUGUGCUGGUUGUGAUUGCUAUAGCUGGGCGCAGGAAAAGCUUCUCUUCCCUUCAGUCAGCUCUUACUUUCCACUGCCCCCUAGCUCACAACCCCUCAAUGUGCUGCCAGCUAUAGCUCAGUCAGGCCACUCCACCCUUGGGGUACUAUCAAAGCCAGCCGAGUUGGGACUGGGUAAUCUGGUACCCCUAUGCCCUGUCUCUUUAAGGCUCUCUAGGUGGGAACAAUUUACAGUGUGGCACCACUGAUAAAUGCCUGUUGAUGGUACACAGCAUAGCAGACCUGUCUGUCCCUGUCUUCCGGAGCACUGAUACACUACAAGAGGCGCAUGCCAGCUCUCAGAGGUCCUGGGUCCCCUGACAUGUGGUUGGUUUGCGGCAUGUAACUAAGACAAGACUCUUGAGGCAGGGGUUUGUAUGACUGGAGCAGACACUGGUUUAACUACCUACUACAUUUCAUUCACUGACAACCAUCAAGAGGGGCCAGAACUUACAGUUGUAAAGGUGGAGUAUGUGUUGUUGUUGUUGAUUUUGAAAAAUCUGUGUGUGUAUAUUGGCUCUGUCUGAUGCAUACAUGUGUUAGGAGUUUCAUUUGAAAUUGUGUUAGUUGAGACCUGUCAGUAACUCUGCCUCUGGUGAUCAGCAGUCUCCAGAGGCUGUGCAGGGAGAGAAAAGGCUGGGUUUAGUGUAAUCAUGCUGGACGGCUAGAGCACAAGCUGCUGCCUGGUGACAAUUUAUAGUAUUGAGGAGACAGUAUUCUCAUACAGACAUGUGUGCCAGAUGGACCUCUAGCUGUCUUCAUUGAUUUCUGAAGGUGAUGUGGCUGACAGUUUUCUCCCCGAGUUCUGGUCCCCGCAAAGGCUGGAGGGUGUAACAAGCAGACUACUAUUGGCCCCUGUGCAUCGCCCAGUUCAACACUGGCUUCAACGCAGUUUACUCUGAAUGAAAUUACCACCACAAAUUGAGUAACAGGACAGUAACACAUAUUGGCUGAAAACCAAACCAGAUAUAUCCUGUGAGGUAAGGAAAGGAAAAAACCCUGGGGUGGCAGAGUACAGUGUGGAUUGUUUUAGUAAGCAGAUUGUCAUUACCCAGUUUAUACAUCAGAGAGUCCUGCAGGUAAUACCUGUGCUGCUAACUCUGGAUUCUCGCAUCUCCCCUGGGGCAACAACGGGUGUGAUUGCCCAGCAGUAUGCAGCCGCCAAUGAGGCAGGUUCUUAAUCUGCCUGUUUAAUUGGCCUGCGAUCUUCCAGAGGAUUAAACAGUCUUUCCUAAGAGGAUUUCAUCCUGGGGUGUCUGGUAUUUUAUUCCGGAUAAUCACAGGGUGGGUGACGGCAUGGUUCGAGGAUAGUUUUACAUGUGGAGAGAUUAGCUCACUGUGCUUUGAAUCCAGGAACCGAUAGAUUGUGUACGGUUCUCUCUGCAUGAACUGCAGGAUUGUGAAACUGUAAAAAGUGACAAAAGGAAUUGUGCUGCUAUUUAACUGGCAUGACAUUUCAUUCCCAAAGGUAUUGAAAAUAGAGCAAGCCUUGGCUGUUCUAAUCUAGGCAAACGGCGGCUGGGCAUUAACACCGUUUUGGAAUUCGGCACACAGCCUGGCAACAGAUAAACUGGCCGUGAAGUGGAAGCUAUGAAAACUCGAUGUCCAUGACUAGUCAAAUCAAAGUGGGUAAGAGAUAAGUCAAUUACCUGUGAUUACUUACUGACAGUCCUUUACCUGGUCUGAAUUAUUGAUGAUUGCAUAAUGUGUGGCUGUUUCACCUGAGUUGACUAAUUAAUGAAAUAGGUCUGGGUGGAGUUAGUCGUGUGUUCACUGGCCCUCCAGGGUGCCAGCUGUGUGCCAGAUCGUUGUUGGGGAGGAUGCUGUAGCGUGCAGAAUUCAGAUUGCACCCACAGUUUUGAUGGUGAUAAAUAACCCAGUAUUGACUCCAGUCUAGGACAGUUCAUCCAGUUUCCAGUAUUUCAGGGGAGUAUUGUUUCCAUUGUUCCCCGCAAACCGCUGACUGGAAUAUAUCUUGUUUGACUUGGAAAUUACUUGCAGCCCAAACCGCGCUGCAAAAUUGCAUUAAUGAAAUGUUAGCAGCCAUCAGAGUUUUCCUUCAUUGCUGAAAAAACCGACACUUGUGCAUUUACCAAUCAGACCGUUCUGCUGCGUCAGAAGGGAAGAAGAAGAAGAGUUAUCUGACUUGGAAAUCGGUGCAGAGGAAUUUCGGAGAGAUACAUAUCUGCUAGGUUAACUUGGGUUAUUCAGUGUCGGCUGAAACAACUGGAGGAGGCUCUGUACAUGCAGACCACCCUGAUAUUAACUGAAGGGCCUUGUGUCAGCCAUGAGCAACUAGCAUGGAAUGUACAUUACCACUACAUGUUAUUACAGUCCAGUGAAGGGGAGAGGUAACCAAAGUAGUUCAUACAAUGCGUCAGCGUGACAAGAGAGUGCCGGCCUGGUGUCUUAUCCUUAUGUGUCUUCUCUCGGGACUCCUCUCGGACAAAGGUUGUGUGUAUCAUUUUAAGAGUGGAGAUGGGGUGGAGAAGAAUGGAACCUUCCAGUCUCCAAACUGGCCCAACAGAUACUCCAACAAUCUGCGAUGUAUGUACAAAUUUGAAGCCAAGGCCAAUGAAAGGGUCAAGCUGAACUUUACCUCUUUUCACCUUCAAGGUCUACCUCCUACGUGUUCUAACGACUACCUGGACCUGUACACACAGGUGACUCCAGACGCUGAUCUAUUAGAAGUGCCUUCCCCACUGAGAUUCUGUGGGGAUAUGUUAGACACCUUCCCCAGUGCCAUAAUCUCCCACACCUCCUACCUUAUCUUUACCUUCUACACAGAUGACAUCCGCGUCAACCAAGGCUUUCAGGGCACCUACGAGUUCAUAGAUGCAGCAACUGUUUCAUCCCCGUACAACAUCGGCACGUCGACAGUGGAGUGUGGGUACAGGAUACGCAGUGAACAGAGGCAAUCUGGUUACAUUGUAUCCCCCACCUACCCGGGCAUGUACUCGGACAAUCUCUUCUGUUUUUACAAACUCCAGGGAAAACCCGGACAAAGAAUUCGACUGAGAUUCAUUGACUUUGAUCUCUUCAAUGGCGGAGAUUACUGUCCAUACGAUUAUGUGAAAAUAUACGAUGGGUUGACAAAUCAGUCUGGUGUGAUUGGGAUUUUCUGUGGAAGAUACAGAGACUUGACUCUCUUCUCAACAGCAGAGGCUCUUCACAUAGAGUUUGUCACCAAAAGUGGCAGAGUGUAUUUUGAUAAAGACAUUUUAGAAAACCGAGGAGACUAUAGUUUUCCCAGAAGAGGAUUUAAUAUAACUUACGAAUUUAGUGAAGAUUUUGUAAAUUUAGAUUUUAUAUCAGGUGAUUCCACCCAUAUUCUGGGCACGGAAUGUGACCAGCGUAUCCUGAGCCAGAUGGAAUCCAACGGCUCAUUUAUCUCCCCUGGCUACCCCAAACAGUUCCCCAUCAACGUCACAUGUCGUUAUUACCUGGAUGGACUCAUGGACAGGGAUAAUCUGGAGAAAGUCCGAGUGGAUUUUGAGGACUUCAACAUUCCAGGAUCCAUGCCGUACUGUACCCUUGGAUAUGUGGCAGCCAACCUUCAGGGCCAGGUGGAGGGGAGCUCUGGGGAGAAGUUCUGUGGGGGACUGCUGCCCCCACCUCUCAUCAGCACUGAGCCCCGCAUGGUCAUGCUCUUUAAUACCAGCAAUGGAGUCCUAGGCCGGGGGUUCAAGGCCAACUAUCGCUUCAUUACAGAUUUUGGAAUCCCUGGUGCUCAGGUCAAAGAGGGAAUGUGUCAGUUUUUGUACGAGAGUAAGCGACAGAAGUCUGGCGUAUUUAACUCUCCCCGCUACCCUACAAACUAUGGGACCAACAUUGACUGUAAAUACAUCUUCCAGCCAGAGGGAAGAGAGCGUGUUCGAAUUUCAUUUGAGUCUUUUAAACUUCCUGAUGGGGAUCCUAGCUGUGAUAACAAUGACUACAUUGAGAUUUUUGAAUAUCGUGGCCUGACUGGGAAUGCCACUAAAAUUGCUCGCUACUGUCGCGGAAUUGUUCCAGGACCAACGUUAUCUUCUGACAACAUCCGUAAGCUGGAGAUAGUCUUCCACUCUGACGAAGAACAUGUCAAAAUGGGUUUUAAGGCAAUCUAUGAAUUUGUCUCUUCAAGUGAUCUGUUUUUAAAUUGUGGGGAGCAUAUUGUGAGUGAUGGGACAGGAGGAGUAAUUAAAAGUCCCAAUUACCCGGGGAAGUAUGAGCCCAGCACCUACUGUGAAUGGACAAUAAAAGCCAGCAGGAAAGGCAACAGUAUUUUACUACAAUUCCCGCAGAUUAAAGUUGAAGGACUCACUAAAGAUGGUUGUGUUAAUGCUGUGUUGAGGAUUUACUCUGAUGAUAUGCCGGAGCAGGAACAGUGUGGUACAAUUGAUGCUCACCCAGCUUUGCUGUCACGUAAAGAUUUUAUCAGACUUAGUUUAACAAGCUCAAAGACAGCAGCAGGAGCUGCCGGGUUUAAGAUCACCUGGACAGAGGUGUAUGAAUCUCAUAGCAGUGCACAGUGUAGCGGGUUUUUGUGUGCCACAACAAGUUACUGCAUAGCACCGGGCCUUAAAUGUAAUGGUGUGGAGAACUGUGGAACGGGGGACAGCUCCGAUGAGACAGCAGAUUGUCCAACCACCAGCCGGAUGCAGGUUUUACAUAUAGCAAUAGGAACGUCAAUAUCAGGAUUUUUCCUCAUCAUAUUCAUUGUGUGCGGCGUAUAUCACAGAAGAAAGUUCCGCGAACGUAAACCUGAGAAGCGGGACAAUGUUGAGGUGCGAUAUGUGUCCCCUUCCACGGGCAGCAGUACAACAGACAGACUUCUCAGUAUUGAAAGUCCUCGCUGCCAGAAAGUAUCUAUAGUAUGAUGUUGGUGAAAGUAGUCUUGUAUAUAAGAGUUCAUAGUUUUCCAAUUGAUAAUGUGCGCGAGUGCGAGAAAAUUAUUUGGUGACCUGUACAAGGUUCUGACCAAUGAAAAUACAGCUGGUCUAAAAGUGCGAGGCAGUACUCGUGACGGUAUCCCUUCAGUGGUGGCCAAUCAGGAGUCUGUGCCACCUAGGCCUGAGAGAUUAGGCCUUCAUGCAAGUAGGAAUCCAAGUUGUCUACAUGACAAGAGCGGUUAUUGUACCAGAUUGGUGUAUGCAGAUCCAAGUUGUUUUGGAAACAAGUGAUAGGGAAAUACAGUUGGGAGGAGAUUACACUGAAGAAAUUUUUUUGGCAAAAAGAUCAUGGAAAUGGAAGCUGGAAAGAUGUUAAAUAUGUGAUGAUACUCUUCGUGGAAAUUCAGCUGAGCUGAAACGAGAAAUACAGUCACAAUGUUAGGAUUAGUGCAGAAUGGUUUCUUUUAUUUGGAAGAACUGUGAAUGUCGUGGAUGCAGAGAAAACUGUAAAAACAAUCCAUGAAAGUUAAUUUUGGAUGUGUUGCUGCCGUGUUCGUGAGGUAUUGCAAACUGAUCCAUGGGGAAGGAAUCCUGGAUGAAGAUUCUAGAUGCGAACAAGUCAAAUGAGUAAGCAAAUAUCCUUUCAGCUGAUUUUGCAAGACUCAAUAUUUUGUCUGUUUUUUGUUCAAAAACAAUAAUUCAGCAUUCUGUAAGGAACAGAACGGAACAGAGAUUUCAGCUGCUGGCAAGAAAGCAGAACUACUUAAAACAUGAGAUUUGUUUGUGAAAUGUUUAAGACUUCUCAACAAAUAAUCAUCUAUGCAAUAUACCAAAAAUGUAAGACCUACUGCCAAAACAUCUUGCUGUGCAGGCAUUUUCAUGUGCAUGCUGUUCACACACUAAAGGACAAAAGUCCUGUCCACAUAACAGAGCUUUAUAUGGGCUGAAAAAUUCUUCAAUGCCAUUAUCUUUGUAGCUUCAUGUACAUCGAAACAAACUAUUCUGAAGGAGGUAACGAAGCUCUGAAAUUUGGCAUAGGGGAGGUUUGCUUAAGUCAUCAAAUCCUUAGAGAUUAUUCGUCCGUGAAGACAGCAGGCUCAUUGUCAACUCAUCUUGUGGAGCAUCACUGUUCAUGAUGGAAGGAGCAACUAUUGUGGUGCGGUGGUUUGCAUGUAUGGUGCAUUGGGGAUUAUGAUGACAUGCAGUGUCAAACAGUGAGAUAAACUGUAGGUUUGCAGGUACAGUGAUAAUGUAUGCAAGGAUAUCCCUUUGCAGUCAGAAUCCUACCAGAUUGUACCUUAUAGAACUGAUAGCAUGCAGAAUAGUGUGGGAAGCAUAGUGCCUCGUUGUGCUGUGGAGCACAAUGGUGUCUGAUAAUGCAGUGGUGGAAGAAGGCUGGAUGAAGCUGUGAAGCACAGUGAUUUUUCAUAAUGCUCUGGAGCAAAAUGGAGUGUGAUAAAUUAAUGCUGUUCAGAAGAAAGGUAGGCCCAGUUGGGAAUGUGGCAAUGUCUGAAUACUGAUUGAUAAUACUACUGAUCAGACCAAGUAGUGUGUGGGAUAAAUAAUCUUGAGAAAAAUGUCUGAUAAUCCUGUUGAGCAAAAUAAUGCUUCAUAAUGCUUUGAAGCAGAUUGUUGUUAGAUGGGACCAGACCUCAAGUUGGUGGUUACCAGAUGCUCUAAUUCAACAUGCGUCAUCAGGACUAUGAAGCUUUUUUGCACUCAGACUCUUUACUUGCAAGUGUUUCUAUCUAUCCUGAGAGGUGGAUUGCUGUAUAUGUCUAAGAGGACAAAAACAUGAACAAGACCAUCAGAUUAAACCAAAGAAAACUCCCUGGAUUCAACCUGGAUCUGUGGGUUUUGACAACCUGCCUGUUGGUUCUGAUCUUCACUUCCAGCGUCAAACUGGGCGCUGGCCCGUGGAAUUACAAAAACAUAAUGGGAACUUGAUGAAAAAUGGUGCUUUAAGACUAACAAACCUUUUAUUGUGAACAUGUUCAUGUAUAUAUACCUAUGUAUGGGACAGUGUGUGCUGAAAACAUGGCUGUCCAAACAUCAACCAUACAACAUGUUCAAGUUGGUACAAGUGUUUGUAGCAGGCAACAUUAUGCACAUGCAUAGUGGUAAUCCGAUGUCUCAAAACAUCUUGGUAUUCAUCAAAUGUAUAAGAGGUGUUCAAUCAGAUUGAAAGAGAUUUCAAUCAGUUAUAUUUAUGGAUGUCAGUUCGUGCAUUAUUUGUAAGUUCUUUGCAUAUUAAAGUAUAUUUUAUUUUGUGUUGAUUUGUUAAAAUUAUAUUGGCACAUGUUUCAUGUUUUGCAAUAUUAUGAAAGUAACAGUUUUUUUUUUUAUCUCAAAGUGUAUACUCAGUUACUAUUAUUUUCACUUUUUCAUUGUUCAUAACCAUACCAGUAACUGAAGUAUAGUGGAAAUAAGAACACGUACCUUGUUAUAGUGGGAAUACUUUUCAGUUAUUAAUUCUUUACAGCUAUUGAUCAUUUCUAGCACAUAUUUGUAAGCCUGAGUGCAGUUACAAGAUAUGUAAUGCAUUGAAAACCAAUAUCAUUACCAAACAUGAAAAAAUACAUGUCAUACAUAAGAAAUUACAAAAGUGAAAAUAGAAUAUAAAACAUAAAUGUCAGGAUAUCUGAAAUAUCAAAAUUGUUUCAGACGUUUUUUAACAGUGCAAUGUGUAUAAAGUGGAUACCAUAACAGUUAUAAAAGUGAAGCUGAUAUGAUUUGGCCAGUCAGUUUUUGUUAUUAGACUGCCUGCUGUAUGCCUAGAUACCAUAAAUACAACCAAGACAUCUUUAAAUGAGAAUUUGUUUUUUUAUUUGUAUUUUUGUUAGAACUGAUGUACAUGUAUCAUCAUCAUAAACUGAAAUUAACUCCAGUAAGCAUGUUUCUUGAUAUAUUUUGACACAAACCAAAUUUUAUUGCGUUCCAUAUACUUACAUGUAUUUUUAAAUGAUGGCGGCUUGAGGUAUGUCACAUUUACCAUGUCCUUAAGACACAGUAUUGCUUCUUUAUUUACAUGGAUAUGUAUUUUAAACAUCUUCGGAAUGAGUACUAAACCAGUGUAAUAUCCUUUCUUGAUAAGAUUGCCAUUAUGACGUAAAUUGCUGGAGUCAGUAUAGAAUAAAAGGUGUAUAUCCCCAGUAUAUAUAGACAAUUUUGACCAAACCACCACUUUGUUGUAAUGUCAGAUGUAUAAGAAUAUAAAUUUCAAGAUUAUUAACUUGUUCAGGGUGUAUUGUUAUUGAAGAAUACUACUUUAUGGAAGGUUCUCUCUCCCAAAAGGUUUUCACGGAGUCAGCCCCCAGCCAACCAUACAGCAAAGACAGCUAAUAAAAAAAAAAAAUUCCUACAAACCUGUACAGGAGCUUCUUUACAAGGAACAGGACAUUAUGUAUAGAUCACAACUCCUUGGUUUAUUGACAAGUGAUGUUAUGAUAUUGGACAUGCCCUGGUCCUACUGUUUUGUACUGUGCAGGUUGUGAUUGGUUUGCCAAACAGACCAUAGUAAUUUCACUGUUCAGAGGUAGGGUGCGAUUUGUUAUACCAGCUUGCAGAAUUCAACCAAGUUGUAAAAUGGUAACAAGUAUUUAAUAUUAGUGAAAAGGAAAGAAGUUGUAUGAAACAGUGACUGCUAACAUAUAUCACGCUGAUAUCACAAAUCAGACUGUUUGAACUCAGCCUUACUUGCUCAACUGCACAUGCAAAACCCAGAUUACUGGCCUCAACUGGGAAUACAUGUAUAGAGGUGUAUUUCAAAGUUAUGUUGCUCUUUGCCAAACAAGUUCUUGGCCCUAGAAGACACACAGUUGUGUAUAAUUGCAAUGUGGGGUAUGAAACAUUGUUGCUUUGUUGCUUUUACAUAUAAGUUAAAUAUGUGAGUUAAAUGUUAACACAUUUAGUAGCACCUAAAAUAUACAUGAUGUGUUUCUUCUUGUUUGUGUAAAAUUCGCUGUAAGAUUUAAUAAUGGUAAGAGAUUGUGUGAUUAAUAGUA